AAGAUGAGAAGAACGAAUUUCUUUCUAGCUGCUUUACAAAUUAUAAACUUCAGAGCAAUGAAAAUAAUUCGGUUGAUGAAAUACAUGAAAAAACAAAUGAUCUAAAGUACUUACUGAAUCUCUGUGGAUUUAAUUUAACAUGUUUAGAUUUAUCAUGUUAUCCUACUUCUCAAUUAAUGCCAAUAAUCAAUGCCAAUUGUCCGAAUAUUUGGAGCCUUGCAUUAGGAUUCAGAGAAAUAACAAGUCAAGAUUUUGAAAAUUGUUUUUCUAAUAUGUCGCACGUUCAAAGGCUGACGAUUGACUGGGAAUGUAAAAAUUCAACUCUACCAAUGACUUUAGCCACGUCAUUAGAACAAAUUAGUGGAACCUUGAAAAGUUUGGAACUUUCAUGUUAUUUACAAGGAAAUGAUAUUUUCUCUCCAGAUUCACUGGCUUCGGUAUUUCCUCGGCUAAUUACUUUAAAACGUUUAAAAAUAAGUAAAUUUGGACUAAGUCAACUAUUAAUUCAGUCGAUAAGUGAAAUAAAAAAAUUGAAUAAUCUACAAUUAUUUUCUCAUUGGCCAAAAAACCAUCCAAUGUUUGAUACAAGAAUCAAUAUGUAUCCAAUUGGGAAUUUGAAAAAUCUCUCGUCUUUAUGGAUUGAUUGUGAUUAUGGCGUGACAGAUGAACUUUUGAUUAAUAUUUGUAAUAAUAAUAGAAAAUUAAACAGUUUACAUAUAACGGGCACAAAUAUAACUGAUAUUGGUAUGAGUGCAAUUAAUAAUUUAAAACAAUUGUAUUUUUUGAAUCUUAGUUCAACUUCUGGUUUUUGCUUUCCGCGAUCAGGAAAAAAUGAAUUUAUCACUGAUGAAUCAAUUCAAUGUUUAUUUAAUAAAAGAUUGACAUGGCUGAAUAUAUCAGAUUGCAUCAAUAUCACUGAUAAAUCAGUACUUAAACUUGUUGAAAAUUUGCCAAAUUUAGCAGAUUUAUCUAUCAAAAAUACAAAGGUAACUCGUGAAGCUGUCGAAAAAAUAUGUGAAUCAAGAAAACAACGUAAUGAAUUGAUAGACAUACAUUAUUCUUCUAAAAAUGAUGAUUGAUCACUUUCAAAUUAUUAGUAAAAUCAAAUAAUGUUUUUUUUUUUUUUUUUUGAGUCUAGAGUUAGAUAAAUAUUAAAAUUAUUAUUUAAAUCUAAUGAAAAACAAUAAAAACAGUUUUACUUGCAAUCAAUUUAUUUUCGUUUGUUAUUUCUCGACCUGAAAAUAAUUUAAAAUAAUAAAAAUAAUUCUGUUAUUUGCCAUCUAAUUACUUGGUUAUAAAAUAGAUUUUCAUAAAUAAUAAAUAAAACUGUCAAAAA